GUUAGAUCUAGACACGGCUUCUUCUCAACCACAACAACACCAAGUUACACCAUGACGCUCGCCAUAUGCCAUCUGCUCACUCCCCCCACGCGAUAGUAGACACUACUGCGGCGUCAGCACACGAGGAUUUGGAACUACAAGACAUGAAUUCGUCUGCUGCUAAUAACCCUGAAGCUCCGCUGCUAGACCACCGGGAUGCAACUCCUCGCUCUCCGCCGCCUAGAUACUCUGACCAGUUCGGAAAUGAGGACGCAAGUAAUAAUAAUGACAGUGGAAGACGGUCUCUGGGACAGGCGCCAGCGACUGCAUCCGCAGGGUCUGGAGGCUGGUUUAUCUGGGCACUAACAUGUUCAGCGGGGAUUAGCGGUUUGCUUUUCGGAUAUGACACUGGUGUUAUCUCAUCCACCCUGGUUUCGAUCGGAACUGACCUUUCAGGUCGCUCGCUCACCACGCUUGACAAGAGUCUAAUCACAUCGUGCACUAGCCUAUUUGCGUUGAUAGUGAGCCCAUUCGCGGGUGUUCUGGGGGAUAAACUUGGCCGCAAACCCAUCAUACUCAUCGCGGAUGUUUUGUUUAUCGUUGGGGCGCUAUGGCAGGCCUCAUCCCCCAGUGUCUGGAGUAUGAUAGUGGGCCGGAGCCUUAUUGGAUUGGGGGUUGGAGCGGCUAGUCUGAUUACUCCUCUGUACAUAUCAGAACUUUCACCACCUGAUAUCCGCGGCAGAUUGGUAACCAUCCUAAGCCUCUUUGUGACCGGCGGUCAAGUCGUCGCAUACACUACCGGCUGGCUCUUAUCAACCACCCACGCGGGCUGGAGGUGGAUGGUCGGCCUCGGAGCCCUCCCGGCUAUAAUCCAGCUAUCUAUCCUUCUCUUCCUCCCGGAAACCCCGCGCUGGCUUGUCCGUGCCGACAAACAACGCGAAGCCCGUCGAGUCGUGCACAGAAUCUACGGCUCCUCCAACCCUCGGAUCCCAGACCAACUUGUCCGGGACAUCGAGCGCGAACUCGUCGCGGAGGAGAAUGCCACGGAUGAUCUUCUCAAAUCCUUAAACCAAGAAGUGUCCGACAGCCACUGGCUCCGCCUGCCCCGUAGCUGGGCCGCCCUUUUUCAAAUCGGCGGCAACCGCCGCGCCCUGACAAUCGCCUGCAUGCUCCAGUCCCUCCAACAACUCUGCGGCUUCAACUCCCUCAUGUAUUUCAGCGCCACCAUCUUCUCGCUCCUGGCCUUCUCCUCGCCAACGCUAACCUCCCUCUCCGUCGCCGUGACAAACUUCCUCUUCACCCUCCUCGCCUUCUCGCUCAUCGACCGCAUCGGCCGCCGCCGCAUCCUCCUCUCCUCCAUCCCCAUCAUGACCACAGCCCUCCUCCUCUGCGGCCUCGCCUUCUCCAUCUUCGACCCCGCCGCAGCCCGCGAUGGCACACCGCCACAGGAACAACGCGGAGAACCAGGCGCAGCGCUCGCCCCGCUGGCUCCCCUGUUAAUCCUCACGUCCCUCACGAUCUACACCGCGGCCUACGCCUCCGGCAUCGGCACGAUCCCCUGGCAGCAAUCCGAGCUGUUCCCGCUAGGCGUGCGCUCGCUCGGCUCCGCGCUUGCCACGGGGACGAACUGGGGGGCUAACUUUGUCGUCGGGCUCACGUUCCUGCCCAUGAUGGAUUGGAUAUCGGCCCAGUGGACGUUUGUGAUGUAUGCGGCUAUCUGUGCGGUGGGGUGGGGGUUCAUUUGGAUGAUCUAUCCGGAGAUGAGCGGGUUGGGGUUGGAGGAUGUUAGGGGGUUGCUUGUGGAUGGGUGGGGGGUUAAGGAGAGUGUUGAGGGUUUUAGGAGGAGGAGGAGGGAGAGCGGGAGGAGGGAGGAGGGCUGCUCGUAGAUUUCGUGGCUUAUUAGGUAGGGUUAUAGAGUUAUAAGAUAUAUGUAAUGUACCACUUUGCAGGCUAAUGGAUAAGUAUUCGUUAGCUCCCUUGGUAUUGAUAAUGCUAUCAGUGCUAUGUAUAUCCUCAACCUAAUAAUUCAAAAAGUCUUUGCGCAUCUGGAUAAAUCGGCUUAGAUACAUUGUUCGAAAAGAAAAAGGGGAAAAGAAUAAAAAAAACAAAGCUGACAUAUUAAAAAGUAUUACAACAAUAUUAUACAUGUAUAUAUAUAAAAGGGGUAUCAUCUCCAAACAAAAAUGGCGCUGAGAAAAACCAAGAAAAAGAAAAGAAACAGAAACAGAAACAGAUAGAGAUCAUUUUCUGUACAUCCAUUCAUCUCCCGUAGUUGUAGAUGGUUAGUUAUGCGUCAUUAGCGAAAAUGGGGAAUGUUUG